AUGUCUAACGUAUCAGGCCCAGAAAGACCAAAAGUUGAUGGCGGAUUUGAAAGAGAUUCCGGAGAAGAUAUUCUCAAACAAAUGAAUAAAGUUCCUUUAUUCAUGACAGAAUUACCGGAAGAAGAAAAUGAUGCACUUGCAGCUUUACAAUCUUUAAUUUACGAGGGUCCACCUGAAGAAGUUGCCGAGAAUUUUAAAAAUCAGGGGAAUGAAUGUUUUAAAAUUGGAAAAUCACAAUAUCAAGAUGCGAUAAAUUUUUACACGAAAGCAUUAGAAACAAAUUGUCAAGACAAUAAAAUCAUUGAAGCAUGUUUAACAAAUCAAAAUCAUCGUAAAGUUCUUACAGAUUGUGCGAAAGCCAUUAAAUUAAAUCCUCAAAAUGCCAAGGCAUUUUAUCGUUCUCCAAAGGCUUUAUAUGCACUUGAUAAAUUUGAUCAAGCUUUAGAUUGUUGUGAACAUGGAAUUGAAAUAUUGGAUCAAAAGGCUAAAAUUAAAGAAGAGCGUGAACGAAAAGAACGAGAGAAAAAAGAGUCAUUAGAGGAAGCUAUAAAGAUGCGUAAUAUUAAAAUGGAAACAACACCCAAUACAGCAAUACCGAUAUCACCUCAUUCAGUACAUCUAGAUACAGAAACUCAACAAUUAAUUUGGCCCGUUUUUUUUCCUAUAUCCAGAAUAUAA